UCUUCUCUUUGUCGGAUAGGUGCGAAAGGAGACAUCAGUCAUAAUUCGCACUAAGCCGAGUACAGUGAAAGUAAUAUGAUCAGCAAUUGAUUUAGGACGGGAAAUUGCAUUUUGUUGAUUUUUAUUUGUUAUAAAUUGCUUUGAACUGCAAAUAAUAUAAAGGAAUAUUUUUUCCUUUUAUGUUGUGAAUGAGAAAAAUAUAUACAUGAAAUAAGCGCUGUUUAGUUUAUACAGUAAUUUGAACAUUGAAAAUUAAAUAUAGAAUAUAGAAAAUCGGCUAAAUUAAAAGAAAAUAAUUUGCGAAAUCACACAUUCAAAAAUAAUACAGGCGAAUUAAAAAUAUGCAAUAAUUCCCAUAUAAAGCGGCGCAAAGUUGUUAAGUGAAAAUUUCGUUCCUUGCCGCAUUCCCCAAUUUAAGUAAAAGAGUACAAGUGAACUACAACUCAAAAUAGGCUUCAAUUAAACUAAACUAGCGCAUUAAGAAAUUGAAAAUAAAUUCUUAAAAAAAAUAAAAUAAACAACUGAAGCCUAAGAAGAAAGAAAUUAACUAACUGGAAUGCAAAAAUAACUAGAAAACAUUAAUAAAAAAUUAAAUAACGUGUUUAGUUGGUGACUCCAAACCAUGUAUUAUGUUCGUAAUAUUUUUUAACACCCAAGAAGAAGGUAUUUUGAACAACAUCUAUUAAAUACUUUUAUCAGUGAGAAACUAUAUAGUGUGUUUAUAAUAAAUAACCCAAUCAAAUUUUAAGAACUGAAUUAAAGAAAUAUCAACUGAAGAAUGUUAGCAAGCGAUAUUAAGAUGGUUAGUAUAGCUUCAAAUAUUGUUAACAGUCAGCAACAGUUGUAUGCAGCGCAACAACUAACUUUGACUAACAUAAAAGUAACGCAAGUUAAAAUCGAGUCCCCAACUGAAAAAAGUUCGGAUGAUGCGAUCAAUAACAAAGCUCACUCACAGCCAGUGAGUCAGAAAAGUCAAACUAGCAUUAGUAUUAAGAACAAGAAAUCACAUCACAGCUACAACCGUAAAAAGUAUCAUACAUACCAAUCGCAACAUUUCAGUAACACUACAGUAAACAGGACAAAUAUGCCUAAUAACAAUAAUAAUAACAUCAGAGUGAAUAAAAAUCAAGGUGUCUCGGAAAAAUUGAAUGGGAAAAACCAAGACAGCAAGAGUGGAAAAAAAUAUCCACAUCCGUACAACACUGAGAAUAACGCAGUUGUACCUAAAAACAGAACUCUUAAUGUUCCGUCGCAAUCAGCAAAUGUGACAACUGUUGUGAAGUCUAAAUCUAGUCCAAAACUAGACACACAAACACAGUUGAGUACAAAUACUACUCCACUAUGUAUUGAAAAUAGGUUAAAUCCACAGCAACAACCGACUGGAGUAGGAACAGUAGUUGCAGAGAAAGAUAAAAUGCAGCAACAAGAUCAACAGGAUUCAAAUGCUAAACCAAAGCCCAACAAAAAGAAAUACUGGAGAAAUAGUAAUACCCAUAGUAUCGUUAGUGCAAGUAUUAACACAAAUGGGGAAAUACCUGCGAAAUCAACAGUGGUUAACCCUAUUAGCAGCAACAAUAACAAUUGUAAUAACAGCGAUAAGAGUCAGCUACCUAUCAAAGUUGAAGUUUCAAAUAAAGCUUCCCUUCCAACAAUUUCACAAAACAAUGAAAUAGACAACAAGAAUGUUGGGACAAUAGCAACGGUACCCUCCAAUAACAAUAUAAUUACUACUGUCGAGAAAAAAGUAGAAACGCGUUUAACAAAUGACACAAAAGAUGCAAUUAUUGUAACUACCACGCCUUCAAUAACAACUGAACCUGCCAAACCGAAUACAGAUAAAGCAGUGUUACAGGUGCCGGAUAUAUACGCUGAUACAGUUAGAAAACCAACUCCAACUGCUGCAACUCCAACUGCAGAAAACUCAGUAACCAAAACAGCAAGUACGUGUAGUUUAGAUUCAUCUAUAGAUUCAUCCAAUACAUAUUCGUUAGCUUUCCUUCAUUCAGUUGGUGCUGAUAUCACUGGCAGCAAACAGAAUAAAGUAGAAAUAGUUAAUGAUGCUAUCAAAUUCGUUGUAGAACCACCUACACGCCAAGCCAUUAUCACUGAUACUAAUAAUAACACUACCUACAAGCCAAAUCGGUAUCAACAAUCUCAAAACUCUGCUAACGAUGGUCAACAGUACCAACAAUACCCAUAUUAUCACCACCAGCCGUCGCAAUUAACGAUUGCUUCAUUUUUGCAAAAGGAUAUGUUGGUUGAGACCACCACCACUACCGAAAAUAAUAAAAAAAGUUAUAGCCAACAGAGCUACACCCAACAUCAUCGUUAUCAAAAUUUUCCACAUUCAAAUUAUUCGGCACAGCCGCAUCAUCACCAAUAUCCCGCACACAAAAAUAAUAAUGGUAAACAUAAUCCAAUGCAUUAUUCGAAUGAGAACAAAAUGGAUAACUACAUAAUGCGAUAUCCACCAAAGUACCACAACCAUAACGUGCAUACAACUAUCCUGCAACCACAUUCCAAACGUACAACCAAUACUGGUUCCAUUUCAUCAAGUUCAUCAGCGACAUCUAGUACAACGAAAGUCAUUUCAUAUCGACGCCAGUCGCAUUAUAAGUUCAGAUCUCAUACUAAUUCUGCCAUUGAGACAUUAUCAACAAAGACAUUUCGUCACCAACAACGUCAUCAUUAUAACAAUCAAAAUCAUUAUAAUAAUCAUUAUAAUAAUUACCAACAUAAUUCUGGGGGUACAACACCAACACCGAAUACACAGCACCAGAAUUUUAAUAAUUUGACAUAUGUGAGCACGGAUGGAUACAUAGCAAACAAUAUGUCUAACGUAAUGAAAUCGCAUUCCAGAAGCCCACUGAAGUCAGCAAGCAACAUGUAUAUAAAUUCCCCCAACUCCAUGUCAUCUAAAUUUUUAAAUUGUGCACAAUUGGAUGCAGCAACAACCAAUACUGCUGGUGUUAGCAUUAGACCUAAUUUAUCCGUCGAACAAAAACGGUCUAAUCGCAAUAUCAAUAACAAUUGCGAGUCUAAUGAUUUCCAGCCGUUGAAUUAUUCAAUGCCAUCACCCAAGUCUAACUCCACAUCUGCGUCGUUAAAUUCUCUACACAAUCAAGAUUCAAUGCAGAGGAGUACACAUUCUAUGAAAAUGCAGACCCAGUGUCGUAAGGAAAGUGAUAAAAUGUGUGUUGUGCAUCCGAGCUAUUACCAUCAUCACCACCAUCAGCAACACGUAGAUAGACGUCAACAUGUAACUAACGUACAUCAUCAAUACUACACGAAUUCUGUUAUGCCGAUGCUAAACUAUCACGCUGGUUAUUAUGAUGAGUCAUACUCGCCGGCACACGUUAUUUACGCCUCGAGUGAUCAUAGCAUAAAUAUAACCAAUAGAAACUGGAGUUCUUCAGCUGGUAACAUGAUGUAUCCACCAACUGUUCCAAAUGUAGUCCCGCCAACUGUAUCAACUGGGUCAAUAACAACACCUCUACCUUCUCCACGUUCACAAGAGGCAGACAAUAAAUUGGAUCGUAGUUCAUCUUUAUCGUCCAUUUCCACAACAAGUGAUACAUUGACAUUAGAUUCUACAAAAAUGAGUAGUUCUACAUCGACUCAAGACCAACAGCAAGAGUUGUCGGAAAAGCAACAAUUACCACAUGCUAACGUGCAGCAAGAACGUCCAAAUUCUUCACGAAAAUCCAUUAAAACCUUUUCUACUGAUAUUCGUAUUAUAUCGACAACUCAGAUUUUGACGUCAAUACAACACAUUCCUUCCCAAGCACGGCCCAAGCCUACAAUAAUGAGCUUAGUGAACAACGAGCAUGAAAUGGUUUAUGCACCAUCUGAUCGUUAUAUGGCACGCGCCCAUCUAGUAGAAGUUAAACAGGAACCGGAAUGCUUGCUAAAAAAUUCUAAAUAUGAUUUGUUGUCACGUCAAAUAUGGGCUAAAUUUGCUGAAUGCCAACAGACUCGAGAAACAUUUGUGGAAAAAAUGCGUUUAUGGCGCUAUAUCUAUAUCUUAAUCAAACUUAAGAUGAAAACUACCUAUCCUCGCUAUGGAUUGUAUUUAGUUGGCUCUACCAUAUCAGGUUUUGGUUCAGAUAUUUCAGAUGUUGAUAUGUGUCUGGUAGCACGAGCUCCAGCAAAUCAAGAUACACGCGUAGAUGCUCUGGUAAAUUUACAGCUACUGAAAAAGUGCCUAGAAGAAGAGGAGGAUGAAUUUGAAAAAUUUAACUUAAUUGAGGCCAAAGUACCUAUCUUGCGUUUCAAGCAAAAGCAAAACGAUUAUGAAGUGGACCUCAAUUUCAAUAAUUCUGUUGGUAUAAAAAAUACGCAUCUACUCUACAGUUAUUCACUAAUUGAUUGGCGUGUGCGACCUCUGGUGUUGGUGACAAAGUUGUGGGCUCAAUAUCAUAAUAUAAACAAUGCUAAAAAUAUGACAAUCUCUAGUUAUUCUCUGGCACUUAUGGUGAUAAAUUACUUGCAAUGUGGGGUGAAACCUAUCAUCUUACCAUGCUUGCAUGACUUAUACCCAGAGAAAUUUACCUUCUUGCGCAUUCAUGAUUUUGGAAACGUGGACAUGAAUGAGGACAUAGGUUGCUCGUUCCAAUCAGAAAAUACACAAACGAUUGGAGAAUUAUUUCUUGGAUUUUUAGACUACUACUAUAAAUUUGAGUAUGGGAAAUAUGCAAUAUCUGUAAGAACCGCUGGAUUGUUACCGGUUGAAGUAUGUCGCCAAGCCAAAUCAUCAAAGAAUGACAUGCACCAGUGGAAAGUUCUGUGUAUUGAAGAACCAUUCGAUCUAACAAAUACUGCACGUUCUGUAUAUGAUUUUGAGACGUUUGAGCAUAUAAAAUCAAUUAUGUUCAAUUCGUGGAGAACAUUGAGUCACUCCUUAAAUUUAAAUUCUAUUUUUGGACCUUUGUUUGUUACAUCACCGUCCGAUUCAGAAAUGAAUUUAGCAAUUGGUUCUGGUGGUACCAGCAAAACAAAUUCAUUGAUACCUGCGAUAUGUGAAAAAGAGCCAAAUGAAUCGACCACGUCAAAUUCGUCUCACAGUUCGGAAGAGGUAUCAAGUGAUUCAAGUGAAACAAGUGAAUCAACAUUAUCGAUGCUGAAAGAGAUUAUAAAUGAAGUUGCAGAUUCUUCACUUAACACAGCAGAAAUGUUACUUCAGGAAAAAAAGCAUCGGGCUGAAAAAAGUAACGAUAUAUAUAGUAAUGGUUCAUCGGAAAAUAGCAGUUGUAGUGGCGCCAUCAGUAUGCCCCAAAAUAAUCGUAACAGCUGCAAAACGGAACCACCGAACCUUACUACAAUUAUAUUCUAAGAACAUAAUACACUCAGAAAAAUCUGCAUUAAAAAAACGGCGUGCUGUACGAACAUCAUGUAUAAUUAAUUUAUCAAUUAAUUAUGCUAUGCAAAACUGAAGAACAACAGCAAAGAAAUGAAAACUCAUACAAGUUUUUUAUCAAGAUUUUUUUAUUAAAAAAUGAAGAGUGAAAAUGUUCAAAAAAAAGUAUAAAAAUUAAA